UAAGGAGGUUUGUAAAUUGUAAUGCAAAAUGGCGCCCAAAGAGGCAACUAGAAAGAGUCCCAGAAGCAAGAAAGGGAAAGCUGAGAGUGAUUCUCCUGAUGGAUCUGUAAUAAGCAAAUCUAAGAAACCUCCGAAGAGAGCUCCUAAGAAGAAAACAGCUCCUCCAGUUAGGAAAAUGGCGCCUCCAUUGCCAUGUGGUACAACCCUUUCCGGGUUUACUAAGAAAGAGUGGAGGCUAGGGAAUUCAAUAGGGAAAGGAGGUUUUGGAGAGAUAUAUGAAGCAUUUUCAACAGCUGCAAAAUCUUCAGGCAAUUACGUUAUUAAAGUGGAGCCAGAAGACAACGGACCCUUAUUCACAGAAUUAUCGUUUUACACACGAGCAGCCACUGCAGACAAAAUAAAUGAUUGGAUGAAGUCUCAUGAUUUAAAGUAUCUUGCAAUACCUCAGUAUAUUGAUUCUGGGAAACAUGAGUCCUCAUCUUCGCAGUAUCGCUUUCUUGUGAUGGAGAGAUUUGGGGACGAUAUUGGAAAGCUUUUUGAAGAAGCCGGGAGCAAGUUUGGAGUAAAGACUGUUUGCUAUUUGGCAUUAAGAAUAUUAGAGGCACUUGAAUACUUACAUGAUUCACAGUAUGUUCAUGCUGACAUUAAAGGCACAAACUUACUUACUGGAUAUUCUCAAAGAGAUCAGGUAUACUUGGUAGAUUAUGGAUUAGCUUUUCGAUAUUGUCCUGACGGUGAACACAAGCCGUAUAAACCUGACCCAAGACGUUGUCACGAUGGGACUAUUGAGUUCACAAGCAUUGAUGCACACGAUGGAGCUAGUCCAUCACGUAGAGGGGAUCUGGAGAUACUUGGGUACUGCUUGUUACAAUGGUCCUGUGGUAGACUACCAUGGGAGGAUUAUAUAGAUGAUAAGCCAAAGGUAGCGAGUUUGAAGAGAAGGUAUAAAGCUGCUCCUACUGAUCUGAUGAAGGAUUGCUUCAAAGGAAAGGCGUACCCAAAAUACCUUCAGAAAUACAUGGAGUGCAUUUAUAAACUCUCGUACGAAGAGACCCCUAAGUAUGAGGAUUUAAGAAAAAUUUUUCUAAAGGAACUGAAAGAUAACGGCAUGAAAGAUGAUGGAACUGGCCUUGACUGGAUAAGAGGAGGAGGAGUUGGGUUGAAGGGGCGGAAAAGAAAGCAUGAUCCGGAACCAGAGUUUGAAUCCAAAGUCAUACCAAAGGCUAAGGGUAGAAAGAUGACACGGAAUGAGGCAACUGACAUUGACAAAGGCGCUGAUGUUGUUGUUAUUGACUCUGAGCCCAAGAAGUCAAGCAGGAAGAGGAAAAAGGAUGAAGGGUCGGGUGGAGAUGAUGGCUCUGAUGUUAUACCAGGAGCAGCAGGUGGAAGGAAGAGGAUCAGUCAUGACUCAGAUGGUGAAGACUGUGACCUGGCCAUUGAUGUAAAGAGAGGGAAGCAUAUCAAAGCAACCGACACAAGUGAUAGUUCUGAAGCUGGUGAGCCUCUGCCUAGAAAGACAAGGGGAACUCUUAAAAAGCCAGGCCCACCUAAGAGGAGGGCAGGUAAAAAGACAGACCUAGAACCUGUGCCCAAUAUUAUCCCUGGAGCUGGCCCUACCGGAAAGAAGGAUCACAAAGACUUGGACCCAGACUCUGAGGACGUAGAGAUAAUCCCUGGUGUUGAUCCCAAGGCUGGUAAGAGGAGGAGGGGAGGUAAAAAGACUGACCCAGAGCCUGUGUCUGAUAUUAUCUCUGGAGCUGGUGGUCCUACCGGAAAGAAGGAUCAUAAAAACUUGGACCCAGACUCUGAGGACGUAGAGAUAAUCCCUGCAGUUGAUCCCAAGGCCGGUAAGAGGAGGAGGGCAGGUAAAAAGACAGACCCAGAGCCUGUGUCUGAUAUUAUCCCUGGAGCUGGUGACCCUACCAGAAAGAAGGAUCACAAAGACUUGGACCCAGACUCUGAGGACGUAGAGAUAAUCCCUGGAGUUGAUUCCAAGGCCGGUAAGAGGAGAGUACUUAAAAAACCUGACCCAGAACCUGUGUCCAAUAUUAUCCCUGGAGCUGGUCCUACCGGAAAGAAGGAUCAUAAAGACUUGGACCCAGACUCUGAGGACGUAGAGAUAAUCCCUGGAGUUGAUCCCAAGGCCGGUAAGAGGAGGAGGGCAGGUAAAAAACCUGACCCAGAACCAGUGUCUGAUAUUAUCCCUGGAGCUGGGGUAAAGAAGGACAGCAUAGAGUCAGAUCCAGACUCUGAUUUUGAACCCGAGCCUAAGUUUAGUAAGAAAGCACUUCGUACAAAGCCAGCUUCUUCUGCCAUUAUCCCUGGAGCAGAUCAGAAUGGAAGAAAGAGGACUCGUAAAGAUAAAGAUUCUGGCUCUGACUCUGAUUAUGUUCCUAGCGGUGGAAACAAACCAAUAAAAAGGAAGAAAAAAACUGCCUCCAAAGCAAAGAGUGGAAAAAAGCAAAAAGAUGAUUCUCAGACUCAAGGUCCGAUCAUACCUACAGGUCGUUACCCUCCUGAACUGGGAUACAAGCAAUAAGGACCACUCACUUAUGAUUGAUUGAUUGUAAUAAUGUUACUUUUACAUUAUUUUUCUUGUGUUAACAGUGCUAUUGCUGUGUUAAUAUGAUCAAUCACUUGAUUUUAUAAUUGUAC